GUAGAGUUGAAGAACGGGUGGUCCGUCUCCGCGAAAAGGGAUUAUAAACGUUACAGAUAUGGACUCCCGGCGUGUACAGUUUUUUACUUUGUUUUUAUGUAUAUUUAUUACCUCGCUAUUUAUUGUCGUUCAUGGAAAACAAAAUGUGAUGUUGGAUAUGAAGUCCUCAGGGGGGGACUUGGGCUGGCUGCCUUCGCCCAGUGAGGAGGGGUGGGAGAUAGUGCAGACGGUGAUUAACGGCUCGCUGCUGUACACGUACAGCGUGUGCAACGUGGCCAACGACGGCGACCAGGACAACUGGCUGCGCACCACCUUCAUCCAGCGGCCGCCGGACGUCCAACGCGUCUCCGUGGAGAUGCAGUUCGUGGUGCGCGACUGCGGCACCUUCGACGGCAGCCUGCCCUCGUGCCGCGAGACCUUCGGCCUCUACCUCUACGAGUCGGACGUGGACGUGGGCACCAGCUUCCGCAAGGCCAACUUCCGCAAGGUGGCCACCGUGGCGCCCGACGAGGUCACCGCCAACCAGCGCGGCGGCAAGGUGGCGCUGCGCGUCAACAUCGAGACCAAGACCGUGGGGCCGCUGUCCCGGCGCGGAUUCUACCUGGCCUUCCAGGACUCCGGAGCCUGCGUGGCCCUGGUGUCGGUCCGGGUGCACUACACUAUCUGCCCCGCCACCACCCGCGGUCUGGCUGCCUUCCCUGAGAAGGUGGCUCUGGGAGCGCUGACCCAGGUGGAGGGCGCCUGCGUGGAGAACGCCGUGAUGGGUGCCCAGGCGCCCGCCAUGUACUGCACCUCCGAGGGCGAGUGGAUGCUACCCGCGGGGCAGUGCCAGUGCCGGGCCGGAUACCAGGCUGCGGAAGACUCCUGUGAAGUGUGUGAGGCCGGAUUCUUCAAGACUGUCGUCUCCAAUGCGCCGUGCGAGCCCUGUCCGGCCAACACCCAGCCGUCUAAGCCUGGCGCCCUCUUGUGUCAGUGCCUGGAAGGGUUCUUCCGCUCGCCUACAGACACUCUCUCCACACCUUGCUCCUCCCCUCCCAGCCCCCCGCGUGACGUGGUGGCCACGGCCCUGUCCUCCAGCCGCCUGCAGCUGUCCUGGCGCGUCCCCCUGGACACGGGCGGCCGCAGUGACAUCACCUACAGCGUGACGUGCGAGCACUGCGAGGGGGCCAGCUGCGUGUCGUGCGGCGAGCGCGUGCACUUCGAGCCGUCGGACGCGGCGCUGCGGGACACCAUCGUGACCGUGAGUGACCUGGAGCCUCACCUCAACUACACCUUCACCGUGGAGGUGCACAGCGGCGUGUCCCGCUACGGCCAGCAGAGGGCAGCCAGCAGCAUCACCGCCGUGCUGCAGGACACAGAUCCCCCCAUGGUGACGUCCAUUCGUCUGGAUGACAGCAGCCCCACCAGCCUGUCUCUCUCCUGGACCCUGGACCGCAGGGUACACCCACAGUCCACCCAUCGCUACGAGCUCAUGUACCGCAAGAAGGAGGAGAACAAUGAGCAGGAGUUCAUCACCUACACCGUGCUGGUUCUGGAGAGGAACUCAGUCCAGCUGAACGACCUGAGUCCUGGUUCCAAGUACGUGUUCCGGGUCCAGACCCUGACCCAGGAUGGCCAUCCCAGCAGCACCAGCCAGGAAUACUUGUACGAGACCCUUCCCAUCGCGGAGUACCAGGCCCAAAACAGCUCGAUGAUCGUAAUGGGAGCAAUGGUGGGCGGAGCAGUCAUGCUGGUGAUCGUCGUGGCCGUUCUGCUGAUGCAUAAAAGGAGACAGAAUAGACGCGCAAGGCAGAGACACGAUGACAACUACUUCACCUGUGCAGAGAAACUGCACCCCCAUAAGACGUACGUGGACCCCCAUGAGUACGAGGACCCAAGCACAGCUGUCCUCAAGUUCACCAGCGAGAUCCACCCCAACCUCAUCACCAAACAGAAGGUCAUCGGAGUCGGUGAGUUUGGCGAGGUGUUCCGCGGCGUCCUGAAGAAGGCAGGGCGCGGGGACGUGGCGGUGGCCAUCAAGACCCUGAAGCCGGGCUACACGGAGAAGCAGAGGCAGGACUUCCUGUCCGAGGCCUCCAUCAUGGGCCAGUUCGACCACCAGAACAUCAUCCACCUGGAGGGGGUGGUCACUAAGUUCAAACCUGCCAUGAUUGUUACGGAGUACAUGGAGAACGGGGCCCUGGACAUCUAUCUGAGGGACCACGAUGGUGAGCUGUCCUCGUACCAGCUGGUGGGCAUGCUGAGUGGCAUCGCGCAGGGCAUGAAGUACCUCUCCGACAUGAACUACGUCCACCGCGACCUGGCCGCCCGCAACGUCCUCGUCAACGGCCAGCUGGAGUGCAAAGUGUCCGACUUCGGGCUGUCGCGCGUGCUGGAGGACUACCCGGAAGGCACCUACACCACCACGGGAGGGAAGAUCCCUAUCCGUUGGACGGCUCCGGAAGCCAUCGCGUACCGGCAGUUCACCUCGGCCAGUGACGUGUGGAGCUUUGGCAUCGUGAUGUGGGAGGUUAUGGCCUUCGGGGAGCGGCCCUACUGGGACAUGAGCAAUCACGCAGUGAUGAAGGCCAUCAACGAGGCCUUCCGUCUACCGGCGCCCAUGGACUGUCCCUCCACCGUCUACCAGCUGAUGCUGCAGUGCUGGCUGCAUGACCGCUCCAAGCGUCCGCGCUUCGUCGACAUCGUCAACGUGCUCGACAAGCUGCUCAUGAACCCUGAGUCCCUGAAAACUAUCGCGAACUUCGACCCAAGGGUGUCAAUCCGCCUGCCUAGCACGAGUGGCGCUGGUGGAGCCCCCUUCAGGUCGGUUGAGGAAUGGCUGGAGUCCAUGAAGCUGUCUCAGUACAACGAGCUGUUCAGUCGCGCCGGUAUCACCAGCAUGGAACAGGUCCUACAUCUGAAGUCAGAUGAUGUCAGGAACGUCGGAGUGCAGUUGGCAGGCCAUCAAAAGAAGAUUGUCUACAGCAUUCUGGGGCUCCGGGACCAGAGCUGUACUCUGGAUGUGUUGGCUGUCUGAUCUCUCUGUCAAGAGGUUCGGCCGCGAUGCUGCUGCCAAGAAGCCGGCCAGGCCCAGACCUGUCAACACUGUCCUGGAGGGAUGGGGCCCACCACCACCCUGACACACACGGCCACAGGCACGUCCAGACAUGCCCUGGCACGCUCUACCGUACCGUCAGGUGGACCACACCAGAUUUCAGGAACGUUACGCUACAUACAUGUGAAAGAUAUUUUUCCCCUUGUAACCUUUGAAGUUUUUGGUUACGUUUUUGUUUUUUUUCUCCUUUUGUACAUAGACUGUAAUAAUAACAUUUUUAUACUGGAUAUUUUUGUAACAUUUAUUGAUUGUUUGUCUGUUUGUUUGAUAUUUGUAUUGCUGUUCUGUUAUUUGUGGUUGAGAAGAGAUUUUUAAGCACCAGGCCAUGAAGUGUCUUAACCGCGGGACCAGAAAUGAAAAGUGCAGUGGAAGUCUCAUUUUUGUGACAAUAAGAAGAAAGACUUCAUAUGUGUGGUCUUGGUUGUUUCGUAUGUUAUUGCCGUGCUUGAGAUAAUGGAUUUCAAAUGUCGAAGACAUGAGAAAAAUGAGUUUGUACAACAGUGGGGUGUUCCGAGUAAGUGGUCUAGUUACUAACCAUGCUAUUAACUCAGGCAGAGUAGGAGUAAAUCGUAACUCUCCCAAUAAAGGGAUCUUAUGAGCUCAUUCCUCUAGCAAAAUUAAAUCAAAGGGCUCUUCUACUAGUAGAUUUACCACUUGCCUUCAGUUAAUUUACCCACAUAAGUGACUAAACCUGCUUUUCUGGAACACCUCAGUGAUGAAUACAUGAGUACUUAGGUGAGGUCAACAUUCCCAUGAUGGUGUAACGACCCGAGACUAAUUAGCAGUGAUGGAUCCUGAGAAGAGCUGUUGUGCACUACAAUAGCCAGGUCAAUGAAAGGAGAAAUUGCUCCAGUCUCUCUCUCUCUCUCUCUCUCUCUCUCUCUCUCUCUCUCUCUCUCUCUCUCUCUCUCUCUCUCUCUCUCUCUCUCUCUCUCAAAGCUGCCAUUUGUCUGUCCUUUCUCGGGAGAUUUCAGAUCAAGUCUAUGUGCACAUGUAUGUAUGUUCCCGCCAGCCAGGAGUGUCCCGUCUUUGUCUGUCUGUUGGCCAAUUGCAUGCUGCAGCCUUUUUGUGACAGCUCAAACGCCCAUUUGUCCAAACGUAAUGGUGCAGAGAGCAUGUAACUGGAAUGCCAUGUUAGUCAGCCAUGUCAGAUAGUCAGGGUGCGAUUUGUCAAAAAAAAUAAACAGGAUGGGAUACGUUUCAGAUUUUAGUUACAUUUAUCAGAACCAGAAACCAGAUGGGGAGACAAUCCCCCUCAUCACUCCCUACAAAUCGCACCUUGCAGACAGUCAUGGAUGAAAUAGAGGGAACACUCUUUCCUUGGUUUGCCUGUACUGUAGUUAUGAACCACUGUUAUGCACAGAGGAACAACAGUUAUGUUAACCACUUACAAACAGUUUGAAGAGAUGUGAACUUAAUCGGACGCCAUCUUGCUAGUCCUGAACCACUGGGAGGCAUGCCCGGACAUGCCCUUCCCUUUUUGUCUUAAUGCUGCUUGUUUACACAAUUAUUUAAUAUUUAUUUUAUGUUUUUUUAUUUAUUUCUUGUUUUGA